AUGCGCGCCGCUGCUGGACGCGCACGCGCGGCUCCGGGCCGCGACCGCGAGCGCGAGCGCCUGGAUCUCCUGGCCAACGAGGCGUCCGAGGGCGCCCAGGCGCGCGCGGCGGCCGCGGGCGCCGCGCGGCCGUCGUCCCGCGAGGGCCCGUCCAUCGCGCUGUCGCCGCGGGCCCAGGCCGCGGAGCGCGAGGCGCUGCGGCAGGCCGAGCUCGAGCAGCAGGCCGCGCGGAAGCCCUUCCCCGAGCGCGAGCCCGAGGACGACGCGCCGCCCUACCCGGAGGCCGACGCCGCGCGCUACGGCCACUACCUCGCGCGCGGCGUGCCCGACCACCUCGUCGAGCCCAUCGACGACGGCACGAUCGCCCGCAUCUUCGAGCGCGUCCGGCCCCGCGUGCCGGCGAGCGUCGUCUUCCCCUGGCCGGGGGACGUCGACGAACUCGCGGACGGCGGCGCCGCGGCCGCGUCGCGGCCGGCGACGGCCGCGUCCGGCGGCGCCGGGGGCGACGACGAGGACUUCGAGGACGAGUACGAGCUCGACGACGAGGAGCUCGCGGCGCGCCAGGCGUCCGCGGACCGGGCCUGCAUCGAGCGCGUGCUCGCGGCGGCCCGGGACCGCUUCGCGGCGUCGAUCCGAAAGGCGACGCUCGACUACGUGCUCCUGUCGCCGCACGAGCGCGACCGGCUGGGCCUGCGCCUGGGCCCGCCGCCGGAGCUCGUGCUCCACGAGCUCGAGCUCGACUACGGCCACGCGACGCCCCGCGCGGGCCGGGGCCGGAAGGCGCCCGCGCCCGGCGACGACGCGACGCCCGCGCGGUGGCGCGCGUCCUGCCGGCAGGUCAAGGAGGCCCUGAGCCACCGGCUGCUGAUCACGUCGCCGCCCUUCAUCGAGUGCCACCGCGUCUGGCAGACCUACGAGCAUCUGCUGCUGGUCAAGCUCCCGUCGACGGACGACGUCGUCGAGCACGGGCCCAAGGGCGUGCCCUGGCGGCCGCAGCCCGUCGCGGACUUCGAGCGCGACCAGCUCGACUGUCUCGAGGCGACGGCGGCGACGCUCAAGACCACCUGGCACCCGACGCUCGCCAACGCCUUCUUCGAGGGCAUCGAGUCGGGCAAGCUGCGCGUCGGCGGCCGGGGCAACGUCGACGCGCGCGCGUACUUCAACGUCGCCGCGCUCAUCAUGGGCAGCCAGCUCAACCAGAUCGUGCGGCGGUCCGUGGCGACGCUGCUGGCCUACCUGGAGGCCUUCGCGACGGACCGGGGCGACGGCGUCUGCGCGCUGCCGCCCGCGUUCCUGCUGGCGCCGUCGCUCGUCGACGGCGCGGGCGAGCCGGGCGUGUGCCUCGUCGCCGAGGCCGAGCACCUGGCCGCGGCGGUGCUGCGCGUCUUCGAGCGCACCGUGGGCGCGUUCGGCGAUCUGGAGCGCAUCGAGGUCUGGCGGCGGCGCACGAUGGAGGCGAACCGGCGCACGAAGGCGUCGGACGGCGCGCUGUCCGCGCUGUCGGCCGCGCCGGGCGCGCCGCCGCCCAAGUCCACGGUCUCCUCGAACCGCGGCGGCUCCGGGGCCGCGAGCGCCGACGGCGCGGGCGACGCCGGCGCGUCGGCCGCGAGCUCCGCGGCGCGGUCGUCGCGCGCGUCCGCGUUCCCGUCCUACGCGCGCGACGACGACCGGGCGUCGCGGGGCGAGGAGCCCGCGGGGCCGCGGCUGAUCGCGGUCAUGACCGGCGACGAGGCCUGGGUGACGACGGCGCGGGAUCGAAUUAUAGCCAUCGUCGACGCGAACCUGGCCAAGGCCAAGGCGAACCUGCUGCUCUACCGGCCCUUUGAAUUUUUGCUGCGGCCGACGUUCGUGCCGGAGCUCGACAACCCGUACGAGGAGGAGGACGCGGGCCUGCCCGAGUUCAGCCAGGUCGCGGAGACGGCGCUGAAGACCAAGCGGUCGCGCCCGAGCAACGCCGACGAGAAGCUCGAGCGGAGCGGCCGGGGCGUCGAGGACGAGCUCGCGGACCUCGAGCGUCGGGUCCGCGAGCAUCGCGACGCGGCGGCGGACGUCGCGGAGACGGCGAAGCACUUCGACCGCGUGCCGUUCGUGGAGCUGGACGUGGAGAAGCUGCAUAACGCGCUCGUGGACCAGGCGCUCGCGGCGGCGAAGCGGCUGCUCGAGGGCGUCGCGACGUCGGUGCAGCGCGACGUCCGGUCGCUGACGAAGCGAGUGAGGGUGACCGUGCUCUGGCUCCAGCAGCGGCCGUCGACCGUCGACGAAUUGGUCGUGGCGCAGCACAACCUGGAUCACGCCCGCGACUACGACCUGCGGGACUUCCGCGCGAACUUCCGCGACGUGAAGCGCAAGGUCGACUUCCUCUGCGCGCAGAACGGGCUCACGCUCGCCGUCCUCGAGGCCGCGCGGACGAGCCACGCGGCGACGCGCGAGGUCGCGGACCAGGUCGACGCGGGCGCGACGGAGCUCGCCAAGGAGCGCGACGCGCUCGAGGCCGAUUUAGGGAAGCGCGGCGAGCAGAUCAAGCUCCAGCUCGCGACGGUCGCGGCGUCCGUGCUCUCCUUCUCCGACAAGGGCAACCCGAAAUUGAUCCGCGAGUACAUCGACCAGCUCACGGAGGUGCGCACGGCGCUGACGACGGAGGCGGAGGGCAUCGAGGCCUACAACGCCGAGGAGGCGAAGCUGGGGCUGGCCGCGCGGACGUCGUUCCCGGAGCUGGAGACGAUCUCGCGCGAGCUCAUGCCCUACGAGCGCCUCUGGCAGACGGCGCUGCGCUUCCAUCUGUCCUACAGCUCCUGGGUCAAGGGGCCCAUCCGCGCCCUCGACGGCGAGCAGACGGCGAGGGACCACGCGGAGAUGGUCGAGACCAUCGGCGAGCUCACGGAGCGGCUGGGCGCGCUCGGCGCGCAGGAGCCGGCCAAGUUCGCCCAGUCCAUCUACACGCAGCUCGAGCGCUUCGCGCCGAACGUGCCCAUCGUCCGCGCGCUCUCGUCCAAGUUCCUCCGCGAGCAGCACUGGCGCGAGAUCUCCCAGGUCGUCGGCUUCCAGUUGAGCGCCGAGAACAUCACGAACCUCACGAACCUCCUCGAGCUCUCCGAGAACCGCCCGGACAAGGCGUCGCGCCUCGAGGAGAUCGCCAAGCGCGCGGAGAAGGAGGGGUCCUCCGCCGUCGCGGGCCUCAACGCGUCCGCCAUGAUCCAUACGCGCGGCGCAGAAGGCGGCGGCGACCGCCGCCGCGGCGCGCCGCCGGCCGCCGUCCAGGCCAACCUCAACGACGACGACAACUCCUCCUCGGGCGCGACCUAG